AUGGUGGUGGCGUUGCCACUCAUCCAGCAGGUGACCAAUGCUUCAGAUUUUGCACUCUCGGCCACUUCGGCACAGAGUAUCGUGAGUACGCUCAUGCUUGGCGCUGUGAUCGGGUCGCUUGUGGGUGGCGUCGUUGCGGAUUGGGUUGGACGCAAACCCGCGAACUUGAUCACUGCCGCACUCUUCUUAUCGGGAUCGCUGUUCAUGACUUUUGCCGGGUCACUACAGACAAUGCUGGUUGGCCGAUUCGUUGCGGGUCUAGCUGUCGGAAGCAGCGGACCUUGCGUCUCAACGUACGUGGCUGAAAUUGCCCAGCCAAAGACUCGUGGUGCGUUGGUGACAAUCAGCGAGAAAUAUCGGACGAAGGAAGCAAGUGCUGUUCUUAAACGAUUGCUUUACAGCGAAGAAGCAUCGCAAGAGAUCAUCCGAGCACACCUGGACAUUGGGACAUUCCAUGAAAGCUUUAUUCACGCAAUGAGCGAACUUGUGACGGACGGGCUAACUCGAAAACGCGUACUGUUCUGCGUCACCAUCGCAUUCUGCCACAUCUUGACGGCAGCGAAUGCGAUGCUGUAUUAUUCGAGCUACAUCCUCGAUGGACUGCAAAUGGAAAAUGCCCAUCAGGUCUCCUCCCUUAGCAAGGAGAUUUGGGUUGGCAUUGCCAAGCUUGCAGGCGUUUGUUCAGCUGUUGCUGUGGUGGACCGCGUUGGUCGUCGCCACCUCCUGAUCAUCGGAACUAGCUUGAUGCUGAUCUGCCACUUCAUUUUCGCCGUUUGCUUUUGGACCCUCAGCUCGACACACUCGGAAACUGUGCAGACGAUCGGCGAAUGGAACCUCUAUGUGUUCAUCUUCGCCUGGAAUCUGAGCUGGGCUCCAUUGAUGUGGGUCGUGUGCUCGGAGAUUCUGCCGGACGAAUUCCGCUCCAUUGGGAUGGGUCUUACGUUUGGCACGUUCUGGCUGGGCAGUGCACUAGUCAACCAGACGCUUCUCUCGGUUUUCCACGCCUUUGGGACUGGAAACGCCUUCCUGCUUUACAGUGCACUUACAGCUACUUCGCUUGGUUUCGUUUACUUCAAGGUUCCAGAAACUACCGGGCUCACGUUCGAGCAGAUUGCCAUGCUCUUCAACGAGCAGACGGCCAAUGCUCCUCUAGUCAACGCAUUGGAAGAUGGCGGGCUGUCGACAGCGCAGCAGCAGCUCGAGGAACUCGAAUGCAUGCUCAGCAUGUUUCCUAAUAGCGACGAGCUGAAGGUCGAUGAGGCAGCUGAAUCAGCACUCGAGGAGUUUGUCGCUGAGAGCAAUAGAACCGACAAACUCUCACGUCCUGCAAGCCAAAUCCACUACACUCUUUACUACAAGGAUCUAGCUUUUGGUCGUGAUGUGCCAUCUUUGACGCUCGCGUGUCCUCUAGGAUACCCAAAAGCCGACCCAAUGCUGUUCGAGUCGACGUACAAAGCACAGCAGCCGCUGCCGAAGAAACGUCAACGCCCGUGA